UAGUUAUUGUUUCUUGCUCGGCUGCUGACGCUUCUAUCUGAGGCAGCCGCCGCCGCUCAGUCGUGACGUGAGGAGUUAAUCCAGCUCAGCGGAUGUUGGCGCUGCUAACGUCAAACAAACUUCAGUAGCACCGCGGGCAGGCUGCGCUUCUUCCAGCUCCAGGUUGCAAUACUCCAGGCUGGCAUUUUUCUUUUCUCGACAGCAAAGGAGUGAAAGUCCAGUGGAGCGUUGUGAGAGGAGCUCCGUGUCCAUCCCCUCUCCCUGUCCAGACAUCCAGCCAGUAUGUCCAGCGAUCCUCCUCCUCCGUACCCCGGAGGUCCCAGUGCCCCACUUAUGGAGGAGAAGAAUGGACAACCUGUAAGAACUGCUCCUCCACAGGGACAGCCCUUGCCUCCAGAUUAUGGUCCUCCACCCUACGAGGCCUCACAGCUUGGCUACCUUCCCCCACAUGUUCCAGGAGAAGGGCCCAUGCCAAUGCCAAUACCGAUGCCGAUGCCACCACAAGGUGGUCCCUACCCGCCACCCCCUGGUCAUUUUGCUCACCCGAUGCCAGGACAUAUGGGCCCCGGCCCCAGUCAAUUUGUCCACCAGAUGGGGGGCCACACAGCGACUGUCCUGGCUCCUCCGGGGGCAGCCACCACCGUGACUGUGCUGCAGGGGGAAAUGUUCCAGACUUCACCAGUGCAGACCGUGUGUCCGCACUGUCAGCAGGCAAUCAUCACCCGCAUCUCCCACGAUGUCGGCCUCAUGAACACACUCUUCUGCCUCUUCUGCUUCUUCGUAGGGUGUGAUCUCGGCUGCUGCUUGAUUCCCUGUCUGAUUGACGACCUCAAGGAUGUGACACACACCUGCCCUUACUGUAAGGGCUACAUUUACACAUACAAGCGUAUAUGCUAACCACCGACGGCUCCACAGAGACAUGUACAUGCACACACAUAAAACUCACAGCUCCUCCUGCUGGUAGUGACAGCCCCCCCAUCCUUCUCCAUUUUUGCAAAGUGUUGUGUAAGCCCUCUUAAAUUGUAAGUGUAGUUUUCUCAUAAGUUCACUAUAUUUACUGUAUAUAAUCUUUCAGCAUAUUUUUUUCCCCCCAUGUAUAAAGAUGCAUUUUAAUUGUACAAAUCUCCCACAGAGCUUCACAGGAUUGUAGGGCACUAAAACAUUCACAUAGCAGGCAAGCAGUUGCAUCUGAUCCUGUAUGAAUAGGGAGAAGACUUGUGAUGGUACAAAUGUAAAUGAAUAGAGAUAAAUCAGUAGGUUGACUGCCUCAGUUACAGAAAACUUUGAAAAUGGUCAGUUUAUUUAUUUUAAUUCAUCUGUGAAGUUUGGUCAGAAGCAAGCGUGGUGAAGUCAAACCUGCUGGUUAAACAUUCUUUCUUUCUUUUAAUUUAUUUCAGAUAUUUUUUCUGCUAUUUUAGCAAAUUAAUCUUAACAACUGUGAACAUUUUUGUCCAUUUCGUCUGAGAUUGUUCUUUUAACAGAGCUAGUUUUUCCUUUUUGUCGUGAAUGUGAGCAAAUUAACCAGCCAUUUUUAUCUCGAGUGGAUGUGGACUGGUGACAGAUUUAAUGACAAAUAACCAACAUACACAAGUGUCUCAGUGAGACGUUUGGCCCCCUUGUACCACCAGCUUCAUGAAUCUACCGGAGGGAUUGAACACCAUUCCUCUGAAAGAUCGUCCCUCAUUUGGUGUUUUGAUGAAUGUGAGGGACAUGUCCAAAAUGUCUUUCAUGGGUGUUUUGUCCUAAUCUAACCAUCCAGUGACCCCUCAAACCUUAUUGAGGCAUUUUUAUUCUCAGUGUUCUGGUUUUUCCCUUUAAUUUGUCACCUAGCUAUAUUUGCUUGUUUCAGCCAAGAUUGAUUUUAUUUGCUAUAUUUAUUAAUCUGGGCUUCAGUGAGCAGUCACACAAUGUCAAGUGAUGUAUGGUUGAACUAUUACACAUGAACGCCCUCUGUUCAUUUUUGAGAAUAAAGCUAACAUUUGCACUUUAAGUUGAGAUUUGCAUUUUCCCCUUUGACAGAUUCUUUAAUUAUGAACUUCUGCAAAUCCUUACAGGAAAGAAAUGUGAUUAUCAUGUCAUCGCACCAGUAUGAGCAGUGUAGAAUUUUGGCUUUCACUGGGUUAGUUAUUUGCUCAGUGAACUCCACUGAAAAUGCACUUAUUCAGGCUAAAGUAGAAUUAAAAUAGAGAUGCAGACGGAGGAUUGUACUGUUAGGAGACACAAUGCAUGAUCUCAGUAAUCUUGUGUCUUUUGGCCAAAUGUUUUUAUCUUCUCACUGAUGCUGCUGGUGGAUAUUUGCUGCCAAACAUGUAGCUAGUUUAAAAAGGAAACGUUGGUGACAGAGAAAACAACAGUGGUGGCUCCAUCAUCAUUUCCAGCCAUUAAAAAAACACCUGCAUUUCUCUGAUGCAUGUUAGAUAACAAACACAGAUGUCUGUUGACUAUUAUGUAAUUACAAAAAAAAAUGAAUCCCUGCUAGCGUCAAAUGACUGUUAUCAGACAUCUUGCAAAAAUAACAUUGUGAUUCCACUGAGAUGAAUACAAACAAUGUUCCACCACAGCAUGCCUAAUAUGCAGUUCACCUUCGUUCAUUAAGUGCAGAGUUAGUCUGCAUGAGCCACACAUCGAAAUGAUGAAUUCUCACUGGCUAGUUCCUUGACUCCGUGCAUUUGAUUUUUAUUUCCCUCUCGAGGUGAGCUAAGCUGUGCAAGAAGUUUUGUGUAGAGUUGAAGGAUUGCAUUGAAACUUUUAAUACCAAGUACUGUAUGCCAUUGUUGUGGAUAAUGCUGGUCUGCAUUGCUCUUUAAAUGUCUGUGAUAUGUAUUAACUAUGUAAGUCAAAAUUUGUUUGACUGUUGUAUACAGGUGAUAUUUUAUCAAUAAAAAUCGGAAUAUGA